UUCGUAAUAAAUAAAUUAGAAGAAGAAGAAGAAGAAGAAGAGAGCAAGCAGCAAAGUAGUGUCAUAUUUGGCUUUUAAUUUUGGGCAGUGUGUCUGCAACUCUGCAUUGAGGUGACGAACAUUAUAGUAGUAGAAUCAGCUUCCGGCUAAGCAGCAAGCAAGAGCAAUGCAAGCUGCAUCAUCAGGCAUCGGAUACGGUCUUAAGUAUCAGGCUAGAUGCAUAUCAGAUGUAAAGGCAGACACAGAUCACACUAGUUUCCUUGCUGGCACUCUCAGCCUUAAAGAAGAAAAUGAGAUUCAUCUGAUUCGGCUUUCGUCGAGUGGAACUGAACUGUUCUGUGAGGGAUUGUUUUCACACCCCAACGAGAUCUGGGACCUUGUCUCCUGUCCCUUUGAUCAACGGAUCUUCUCAACCGUAUACUCUAACGGUGAAUCGUAUGGAGCAGCAAUAUGGCAGAUCCCCGAGUUAUAUGGCGAGUUAAAUUCCCCUCAGUUAGAGAGAAUUACCUCCCUUGACACUCAUGCUGGUAAGAUUAAAUGUAUCCUUUGGUGGCCAUCUGGAAGGCAUGAUAAAUUAAUAAGCAUCAAUGAGGAAAAUCUGCACUUGUGGAGUUUAGAUGUUUCCAAGAAAACUGCACAGGUACAAUCGCAAGAUUCAGCUGGUAUGCUGCACAAGUUAUCUGGAGGGGCAUGGGAUCCGCAUGAUGUGAAUUCUGUUGCUGCAACUUGUGAAUCAUAUCUCCAAUUUUGGGAUGUCAGAACAAUGGAGAAGACUACUUCAAUUGAGUGUUCUCAUGUACGCAGUGUUGAUUACCAUCCUAAAAAGAAGCACAUAAUUGUUACUGCUGAACAUGAGUCUGGGAUACACAUUUGGGAUCUAAGAAAACCAAAAGUUCCCAUCCAAGAGCUUCCAGGACAUACACAUUGGACAUGGACUGUCAAGUGUAACCCAGAGUUUGAUGGAAUGAUUUUGAGUGCUGGUACGGAUUCAACUGUCAACCUGUGGCUUGCCUCUACAAGCCAUGAUGAGUUAACUACUGAAAGCAGCCAAGCAGAUUCACCUGCCCGAUGGGUUGAUCCAUUACUUAAUACGUACAGUGAUUAUGAAGACAGCAUUUAUGGGCUCACGUGGAGUUCUCGUGAACCAUGGAUCUUUGCAUCAUUAUCCUAUGAUGGCAGGGUUGUUGUAGAAUCAGUUAAGCCUUUCAUCUCCAAAAAAUGAAGUUCGACACCAAUUGCCUUGUUGCUACCAUUGGUCUUCUUGUGUAUGUCAGUAAUUUCCUGCCUCUCAGGUCUUGAGAUAAACAGAUGACUGGAGAGCCAAAUGUUUAUUGCUUCAUGUCACCCUUGGUCGGUUUGACGUGGCUGAACAUGUUUAAUGUUAAAUGUGUAUGACAUAUUUGACCAGCAACCGUUGAUAGCUCUGAAAUCAACAAAUUUUAGUUUAAAUUUUUGUAUUUCGACCUUAGAAUUGUUUUUAGGUUGGAUUAUGUUUCUAGCCUAUUCUUUGGUCAGGCAUCCAUCUUAUGUAAUUCAUGGAGUCAUUACAUAAUCUA